AUGGGCAGCAUCACAAACGGCAACCAUGGGAAGGGUGAUACAUUCCUCUUCACAUCGGAGUCGGUUGGCGAAGGCCACCCUGACAAGAUUGCCGAUCAGGUUUCAGACGCCAUCCUCGACGCCUGCCUAAAAGAGGACCCUCUUUCCAAGGUUGCGUGUGAAACUGCUACCAAGACCGGCAUGAUCAUGGUUUUCGGCGAGAUCACCACCAAAGCGCACCUUGACUAUCAGAAGAUCGUCCGAAACACCAUCAAAGAUAUUGGAUAUGACCACUCAGACAAAGGGUUCGACUAUAAAACCUGCAACGUUCUCGUUGCCAUCGAACAGCAGUCCCCCGAUAUCGCUCAAGGCCUGCAUUAUGAUGAAGCACUCGAGAAAUUAGGAGCCGGUGACCAAGGCAUCAUGUUCGGAUAUGCCACUGAUGAGACCCCGGAACUUCUCCCCUUGACAAUCCAACUCGCACAUAGAUUGAAUGCCGCUAUGAGCGCAGCACGCCGGGACGGCACUCUUCCCUGGCUGAGACCCGACACUAAAACUCAGGUGACUGUCGAAUAUGCCCAUGAUGGUGGUGCAGUCGUCCCUCUCCGAGUCGACACCGUCGUCGUCAGCGCCCAACAUAGCGAGGACAUCUCGACCGAAAAGCUGCGAAAAGAGAUCAAAGAGAAGAUCAUCCAAAAAGUCAUCCCAGCCAAAUACCUCGACGAAAACACGGUCUUCCACAUCCAACCUUCCGGCCUCUUCAUCAUUGGUGGGCCCCAAGGCGACGCUGGCCUUACCGGCCGCAAAAUCAUCGUUGACACCUACGGCGGCUGGGGCGCCCACGGCGGCGGCGCCUUCUCCGGGAAAGAUUACUCUAAAGUUGAUCGCAGCGCCGCCUACCUCGCUCGCUGGAUCGCCAAGUCCCUUGUUAAUGCGGGACUUGCCCGACGAGCCUUGGUACAGCUCUCCUACGCCAUUGGAGUGUCUGAACCCCUGUCUCUGUUCGUCGAAACAUAUGGUACAGGCCAGAAAAGCUCGGCUGAGCUUGUCGAGAUCAUCCAUAAGAAUUUCGAUCUCCGACCGGGUGUUAUUGUCAAGGAGCUAAAUCUGAUUGAUCCGAUCUACUGCCGAACAGCGAAGAACGGCCAUUUCAGUGAUCAGAGCUUCACUUGGGAGAAACCGAAGACGCUGAAGCAAUAG